GGUGGGUUCAAACCCAAAGUAUGCAGCCGGAAGCAUACCAUCGCAUCCAGACCUAUGAAGAGCACCCAGUGCAGAAGUGUGCUUUGCUUCUGUUAUGGAUGGGUUGAGGGGGCACAAAACGAAGGCACCUUCUAGCCGUGCGCUGCAUACAACUAGUGCCUGCCUGCGCCCGGGCCUGCUGCGUGCCCACGCGCUGUGAGCCCUGCCACGAACGCCGGCCAUAUCCGCACGCGUUGCGGUAUCUGCACACUUGCUCUGUGACAGGCACGGCGUCGCGUCGGUAGGCGCACGAAUUCCUCGACAUGCCCAACACCCUGGGUGCUUUUUGCAGCGACGCCGCUUUAACCGCGUUGCAGCUGAACCAAUUCAAUAAGCAUAGCUCCAUAUAUUUUGCAUCAUGGGAAUAGUCUCGCCGAGUGGCUGUGUUCCUUUCCCGCCGAAGUGCCCGCAAGGCACCGGUACAUGCUCUGGCCGAGGACUGAAGCAUGUAUGCAUUUCAAUGUAACAACAGGAUGCCGUAUAUUACAUGUAUCUAGCCGUGUAAGCCUUCAAUCGCUGGAGCAGUUGCCGACAGCUGAGCAAAUUUGAGGAAACCAUCGAGGAAAGGUUCUUGCUACUGUAUGUUUUCCUCAACGUGUGAUCUCAAACCCGCGAUACAGCCGUUGUGCUUGUGCGAUCCGUCUGCUGCAUUCCUGCGUUGAUACUCAUUGGUUUAUCACGCGGACUGCUUUGUUCGCAACGGAAAAUGUUGCACAUAUCAUCUAAGCUUGAUGCAGAUUUCCAUGUUGUGGAUGAGGCCGCUGGCCAGUUCGCCGAGGCCUCCAGCGCGGCUGCUUCCAUCAGUAGUAGCGCUACUGCAAAGCCAGCAGCACCAGCGGCAGCGCCAGCGGCAGCAGCAGUCGAUCGAGUGCCGAAGAUGCAAAGCUCGGGCGAGCUGCCUGCUGCCGCUACCUGGAGUCCGUCUGCCGCCGCUCUGUCUCAUCCCCAACUCCACCUCCAGCAGCACCACCUCCAGCACCAGCGCCAUUCCCCGGAUCAGGCUUCUGCGGAACGCGAGUCAUCGGCACAGGCAGCUACACGCGCCCGCACCCAGGGCUCAUUGGCAUGUCCGGGCCUAUCAGGGCAGCCGCCAUGUCAGCAGCCGGCCCCGGGCCUGCAGACGGCAGCGCCUGUGAAUACACCCGAGGCAGGGGCGGCGGUGCAGGCUCCGGAGGCGGCGCCGCCAGUUGCCCCGGCAACAGCAGUGGCGGCGGCGGCGGCGCUGGUGGUGCGGGUGUCGUGUGGUGCCACGGACUGCGGCGUUCUGCUGGAGGCCGCCGUGCCCCCCCAGCACCCGCCUGGAGCCCCUUUCUUCGUAUGCUGCGGGAACUGCCGGAGGCUUCUCGAGGUCCUGGUCACGCAGCAGCCACAGGAAGCGCCUCGUGCCCGGCUCGACCAGCCGCCGCCGCCGCCAGCGCUGUGCCGACCUGUGCCGGCUCCGCCGCCACCACCCCCGCCGCCGCCGCCGCCGGCUCACAUCAGCCAUCCCCAGGCCGAGCCUCCCUUCAGCCGCCGUACUGGCGCGGGCAGCGGUGCGGGGAGCAGCGUCAGCGCUAGCACCGACGGCUGCACCCCUGGCGGCGGCGGCGGUCGUGCUGGCAGCGGCAGCGGCAAGGACGAGCAGCCUGGGGAGUAUGCGGGUUGGGCUGCAGGCGCGCCAACAGGAGGACCGCAGGCGCAGCCGACUCCUCCUCCACUGACUGUUACACCAGCCGCUUCUUCGACGGCAGCAGCAGCUGCGGCUGCAGCUGCUGGCAGCGGGCUAAACCCUGCAAUGCAACAGCCCCAGCCUGGCGGACCGCCACCGCCUCGCUUUCACCAGCUGCCACGCCCGCCUCACCCACUAGCGCUUCAGCAGCAGCAGCAGCAGCAGCAGCACCUUCACAUCGCCGUGCACCAGGACCAGCCUGCUGCCACUGCAGCUGCCGCUGCUGCUGGCACGACCUGGCCGUCAGCGCGACAGGGCACCACUGCCGCGGCCGCCACGGCUGCAGCCGCUGUCUCCAGCCAGCCUGCCGCCGCCUAUCCACACAGUGCGGCAGCGGCUGCGCCUCCGCUGGACGGCAGUGGCGGGGGCGGCAGCGGAUCGGCUCCAGCGGUCAUGGUGGUCAAGCGGCGGAGGUCGCGGAACCUGCCGCCUACACAGACGCAGAAAGCGCAGGAGCAGGAUCUGAGCCGGCAGGACUACAGCCAGGGGCCGAGCCACAGCCACAGCAGCCAGCAACAGCAGCAGCAGCAACAGCAGCAGCAACGCGGGGUGCGGGCUGUUGGCAGUAGCAGCAGCGGCGGCGGUGGAGGCGGCGUCAGUAGCAAGCGCAGCGGUGGGGGCCCAGGCGGCGGCGGGCUGAUAGACAGCCUGAUGGUGGAGCUGCAGCAGCACCAGCAGCUACAGCUGCAGCGGCAGCAGAGGGCGGCGGCACAGGCAGCAGGAGCGGCGCAGCCAGGCGCCACGCCUGCAACGGCGGCGCCGUCUGUGGCCAGGACGGCGACGGCGACGACGACGACAGAGAGCUGUGCGAAUGCAGCGGCCGCAAGCACGUGGGCCGCCGCGCUGUCUGGCGCUGCAGCCUUGCCGGUGUACGCGCGGCGACGCGACACCGUGGAGUCGCCGCCGCGCCUGGCGGCCCCGCUGGCGGCUGUGGGGUCGCACCGGGGCAUUGCAGGACCCUGGACAGCUGCUGUGGCGGCUGCGGCGGGAUCCGCGGCGGCGCCUGUAGGGGGGCGCGGUCCGAGCAUGCCGCGCACAUCCACUCGGCGCAUCCUGGCCGCAGUCCCGGGCGCACUGGCUUCAGGCCCCACCAAGACGGCCGCCGCACCAGCAGCAGUGGCCGUGGAGGUGGCGGCGUGUGGUGCGGGCAACGGUGGCCGGCGGAGCGGCAGUGCCCAACAGCACCCGGAGGAAAUGGCUACCGCCGGUGGUGUUGUGGGCGCUCAGGCGGGCGGUACCGCGGCCCCGGGCAGCAGGCGCUCUGCCAGCGAUGAUGCGCCUGGGGUUGGUGCAACGGUGGUUCCCGCAGGGGCGGCAGCGGGCCAAGACGGCGACGGUGCACACAUCGUCAUAUCAGACCUGUCACAGCUUCUUGCGCUUGUCAGUAGUCUGCCGGUUUUUGCGAAGGGCGCUCCGCUGCCAUUUCUGCCGCGCUCCCCGGACGGCAGCGCCAGUCGCACCAGCGUGCGAGGCAGCGGCAGUAGCAGCGGCAGCGGCGGAGACCAGGUGCAGCCUCCGCGGCUGCAGCUCAUGCCUGAGUGCGUGGGCGCUGCUGCGUCGGCCGGGGCAAGCCCCACAGACGGAGGGGCGGCGCCAGCAGCGCCCCGAUCUGCAGCUUAUGCAGCGGCUCAGCCCCCGGCGUCUCACUGGCCCCAGGCGCCACCACCUCCUCCCGCACCACAACACGGCGGCAGCACCAAUCCCCUCCAGCCGUCAGGCGCGCACCAGGCCCAGCCCCAGCCCCAGCGGCAACCUGCCGCCAUCACUACUGCAGGCUGGGGCCCGGCGCCGCCCGAGCCUCAACAGAUGCCUUUGACGCCGCCGGUUGCGGCCUCUCUUGCGGGUCUGUCCUGUUCGCUCAUGCAAGUGUUUGGAAUGGACGCGGGUCUGUCCAGCUGGCGCUUUGGUGAUUGCACUCGGAACAUGGGCUAGCUGCAGGUUGGCUGUAUGGAGGUCUCAGGUCUGUUGCAAUUCACAAGCAGGACGCCUGCCUUAGGUGUGCUGCGGAGGUCUGCUACAGUCUGCUGCGGAGUACCAGCAUUCAGUAUUGGAGCAUGGCUGUUUGUGCGGGCGGCUGGAAAUGGACUACCUGUGGCAGUAUGGCUGAGUUGCCGCCCAGGUUAAGGGCGCAUGGGCCCGCGGAAGGCCCGCUGCACUGCAACGAUGUCCUGAGUAUGAUACCACACCCCAACAGGUUACACGGGGUCUUUGUGCGCCACCAGUUCCUUUUUACUCCACGCCUACCCCAGUCACAGUUGUCCAGGGUUUGUAACCUGAUCCUUUA